AUGACUGAACCUUCAAUAACCUAUCAAUCCUUUCGUGUCUUAUUCAAGGUUAUAUCGCACGUCUUUUUUCGUGAAGUCAAGACAAGUGAUUCUCAUCUUGUACCAGCAUCAGGUCCUUGCAUCUUUAUUGUUGGUCCCCAUGCCAACCAGUUUAUUGACGGUGUUGUCUUCUUAAGCAAAAAUCCUCGUUCGUCUUAUGCCUUGAUGGCUGCUGUAUCUUAUAAUAAGCCAUUGAUUGGUCAUGUAGGCAAGAUACUUAAUGCCAUUCCCGUUGUCAGACCGCAAGAUAUCGUCACCAAGGGUAUAGGUACCAUUUAUUAUGAUCCAAACAAUAAUCCAUUCGAGAUCAGAGGAGAAAAGACAAAUUUCAAGAGUGAGCUUAGGCCAAGAGACUUUGUCAUCUUUGGAAGAAAUCACAAAGUGCACGUCGAAGAAAUCAUCUCGGAUACUCUCUUGAAGAUUACUUAUUCAAUCAAUUUACCCCAAGAAGAACAAGGAAAUGGACACGCUUUUAAAAUCGCUCCUCAUGUAGAUCAAACAGCUGUAUAUGAUGAAGUCUAUCAUUACUUGAAUAAUCAUGAAUGUAUCACGAUAUUUCCUGAAGGUGGAAGUCAUGAUCGAUCCGAGAUGUUGCCUCUAAAAGCUGGGUUUGCCGUCAUGGCUCUUGGGGCUGCUGCUGCAAAUCCAAGUUUAGAUAUCAAGAUCGUGCCUGUUGGUAUGAAUUAUUUUCAUCCAGACAAGUUUCGAUCUCGCGCUGUAGUAUCAUUUGGUCACCCCAUCUCCAUUGAUAAGAGAGAUAUUGAGGACUAUAAGUUGGGUGGUGAAGCAAAGAGGGAGGCGGUCACAAGACUGCUUGAUCUUAGCGAUGAGGCAUUCAAAGCCGUUACUGUCAAUACACCAGAUUAUGAUACAUUGAUGGUCAUUCAAGCGGCAAGAAGACUAUACACUACUGGAGAUAAAAGACCAUCGAUAGAUCAAGUAGUUAAGCUCAACAGACACUUUGCUUCACUUUGGUCUAAACUGCGUGAUGACCCUAAUCUGAAGAUUAUUGUGAAAAAGGUCAAAUACUAUAACGAUAUGCUCAACUUCUUUGGUAUACGAGACCACCAGGUAGAAAAAUUAAACAUACGGCCCUCCAAAGCUACCUUUCAGCUCAUCAAACGGAUCAAUAAAUUGGUCAUUAUGGCAUUAUUGGGAACUCCUGCACUCGUAUUCAAUCUACCUCUCAUUUGGAUUACAAACUAUAUAAGCAAGAAGAAGCAAAGGCAGGCGUUAGCCGGAUCAUCUGUAAAGAUCCAAGGAAAGGAUGUAAUAGCGUCAUGGAAAGUAAUCGUCGUUUCCAUCGCUGCACCCACUUUAUACGGAAUUUACGCUCUAUUCUAUUUGCUCUUUUUAAUCAAGCGACGAUCUCAAUUGUCAUUACAGUCAAAACUGCGGAGAGCAGCUUGUGUAUGGGCAAUUCAGCCUAUAUUAAGCUAUUUGCUUAUGCGAUUAGGUGACACCGGAUUAGACAUAUACAAAUCUAUUAAGCCAUUGUUUUUGGCUAUUCGAAAUCCGGAGGCUGGUGAGAUCAUCCGUCAGAUAAGAAAAGACUUGGCCAAGGAUAUCACGGAUUUCAUUAAUCAACACGCGCCUGAACUUGGACUCGAAGGCACGUCAACUGAUGACGAGAAUUCAAGGCAAGUCCAUGAAGAUUUAUCAGCAUCGAUAGCAACAACGACAACAGGAGACGAUAUGCCUGAGUCAGCAUUAAUUUCAAAUAGCGAGGCUGCUAGUAUGAUAAUGAAUACGGAUGGAUCAAGCAUCCAGAGCGAGUUGUUGACUCUAGAUUCUUCUUCUUCUUCUUCUUCACAAUCUAAUUUUGAAAUUGAAAGCAUUGUGUUGGAAGAUAAUGAAGCUUAG